GCUCCCAUUAUGCGUCCUUCUGCUGUGAUGCAAGGUAUAUAUAUAUAUAUAUAUAUAUUUAAUGAACAGAGUAGACUUGAUAAAACCUGUAUUAUCAGUACUUGUUUCCUGUUGGAACUAAUGGACUUUCAGGUCCCACCUUUUUAUUUCAUGUACGUUCGAUAACUAGUCUGCUUGUAAACGAGAUGGAUAACAGCAUGAGGAAUGGCAUAAGCUUUGCAGAGCUUUAUAUAUUUGUCUGGCAAAUAUGGUGUUCCUCUCUGUGACCAGUCAGCAGUGGGGUUAUUAUUCCAUCUAUGGCCUUUUGUUUGCACACUAAUGGAAAAAAUACUAUUAUCUUUCAGUAAGAUUAUUUGCUUUUCCACUGCUGGCUGAGACACAAUCCAUCAUUCAGCAGUCGAAAUGACACUGUUAAUGUGAAUGAAUACAGGCUAAAAGGUAAUGUUAUCAGCUUUCAUGCCACACUAAACCUUUAAACCUGUAACCAAUUGAGUAUCCUGAAUCAUGCACUUGUUAUUGUCUGUGUUUAAUUAUGUAUUUGCAGUGUGUGUAUUACUACUAACACAUUUUAUAGCUACAGUAGCAUUUCCAGUAUGAGUGGAGAAAGCUUGGGGACAUGUGUGCUGGUUAUUCUGCUGGGAUUAAUGGUACUAGAGUCAGCUUAUGGUCAGCACAUAACAGAGGAGCCCUGCUCUGUUCAAAUCCUCGUUCCAGGACUUAAAGGGGAAAUAGGGGAGAAGGGGGAGAAAGGGGCGCCUGGGAGACCUGGCAGAGUGGGGCCACCUGGAGAGAUGGGACCUCCUGGACUUAAAGGACAAAAAGGUAUCAUGGGACGCUAUGGAAAAAUGGGCCCCUCUGGAUUUAAAGGUUUAAAAGGUGAUAUGGGAGAUCCAGGUCCCAAAGGUGAAAAUGGAGACCCAGGACUCCCCUGUGAGUGCGGUCCCUUGCGAAAGAUGAUUGGUGAAAUGGAUAAUCACGUGGCGCAGUUAACCAGUGAACUGAAGUUCAUUAAAAAAGCACUGCCCUCCCCUGCAGCUGUUGCUGGCAUUAAAGAGAUGGACAGUAAAGUGUACCUGCUGGUGAAGGAGGAGAAGCGUUACAGAGAUGCUGAGAUCUACUGCCAAGGCAGAGGUGGACACCUGGCUAUGCCUAAAGAUUCCGGUGCAAACAGAGCCAUUGCUGGCUACAUAACAGAAGCUGGCCUUAGCAGAGUGUACAUCGGCAUCAAUGACCUAGAGCACGAGGGACAUUUUAUUUACGUGGACCGCUCGCCUAUGAGCACCUUCACUAAAUGGAGGGAAGGAGAGCCCAAUAACGCUUAUGAAGACGAGGAUUGUGUGGAGCUAGUCUCUUCGGGGGAGUGGGUAGAUGUGGCCUGCUCUUUAACCAUGUACUUCGUGUGCGAGUUUGACAAAGACCCAAUCUGAGCAACUCUACUCUGGAAAGUAGUGGGUUUUUUUAGUGAGUGUGAUUUUUCUGAGCUGCCAAUAAAGACUCAUUCUGAUAUGGCUAUGCUUCACAUACAGUGACUAAGAGGGGUGCUACAUCGCUGUUUCUUUUCUAGUAGUCUAAUAGUGCGCAGACUUGUUAUAUUAAAAAUGUAACAUAUGUACAAGAUGUUUUUGGGGGUGGUGGCGUCUAUGAUUGCACUUAUAGAAUUUACAAUACUUCCCAUAUUUCUGAUUUGUUAUGAACUUUAUAGAUUGCUCUUUAUUAUGUACGACUUUGCAUUUGUAUAUAGUAAGCCAUAAAUAAAACUAUCAGUUGUUAAAAUA